AAAGAUUUCGCUAAGAUGUAGAAUCGAAAGGAGCAAUCAAUUGAGAGGAAUAGGGUUGGAAUUUUAGUAGAACGAAAGUGUUCGAUUCAGAGCCACUGCCUCUGUACGUUGAGUACGGUUUUUAUCGAAUUUUAGCCCUGUUGGCUUCUUCUUCUGUUUGAAAUGUACGGAGAAGGGAUGAAGUAUGGAAUAACUUGUAUGACAGGGGUGGCGGCCUUGAGUGGAGUAUAGUAGAGACAUCGAGAGUAUCAAAGGAUUCUUUACUGAUCAGGGUGUCUCAUUAGGAACAGGCCAGCCUAGGAUCGUCGCUAUUUUAAGGAGUCAGAAGGAUUGUUUGUGAAAGUAGACGAUUUUUAAAAUGGUCACGAUGGAAAUGGUUCUACUAGCUCUUUUUAACGAACUGUCCAGUUUCGAAGAUAUUCAGCUUUCAAAGUAGCGUUAACCGUUUGGAUACGUUUUAGCAUCCAAUUGAGAGAAUACCUACGAUCGGAUGAGCAAACUGAUUAACUCUUUGCGAUAGCAUGGACAAGGUAUUUUCCAGAAACUUUGCAUUGUCUCGUAUUUUAUUUAAUCGACGACCAAAUCGGGGCAACCUGUCCCGAAUGGAACAUCCUGUACAGCGUGGUGAAGGGAGAACGAUAGAAAAUAUUACUUCGAACAUCGACGAUUUCUUUUUCACAGAGAGUACUUGGCUAUAAUGUAACACGUUUAAUCUUCCAAGAUCUAACGAUCGACUUAACGUAAAUGGGCUAGACUAGUGCGACAAUGUUUAGCUUGUAAGUUUCGAAUGCUGCUCGUUGACGAACCACGAAAGUAUUAGCGAAGUAUUAUUCCAAUGGCGGGCGUCCUCUAACGAGUUCGAUAAACAUUAAGUCAAUAUUACGGUUGACGCUCCUAAGAUGAAAGUUUUAUGAAAGUAUUAGAAAUUAACGACGAAAGAAGUAAUAAAAACUCAAGAUCUACAAUUACUAACGCAGCAAUAAGCGACAGCAUAUUUCUGUCUCUGGUGGAAGGAUGCCGAAUGACGAGAGAAAGCAAUCGCUGUGAAGAAAUCUAAAAUAAUCUCUUUCUUUUUUUGUUUAAAGAUGAAAUAAGCACUAACUGCCAGAGAGAGAAAUAAUGUAAAAGGAUGAGGAAUACAAUUUCCAAAUCCCGUCCGGUAACGAGAUAGUCAAUAUAGCAUGUGAUACAUGUCGAGAUAUUAUAUAUAAUAUAUUCUAGUCAUACAGAUCUUAAAUAUUCAUAUACAUAAUAUAUAUAUAGAUUAUAUAUAUAUAUAUAUAUAUAUAUUUAAUAAUUCGAAUUGAGCCAUCGAUUGUAUAACUUAUUUAUAUACAUAAUACGUUUAUUAAGAGUUUUACUACGAUGUGCCGAGGAUUUAUCCGUCUUUUUCGUGAGAAUAGGGCCUAAGGAAGGACGAGAGGUUUCAUGUAUUAAUGAUCGAUUCAAUUUAUCGAACUUUGGUCUUGAAGUCAUCGUCUUUCGCCAGGUAUUGAUAUAACGUGGUAGGAAUUAUACAAUGGCGCCGUUCAGUUGGCAAGCAAUAACGACUAUUAAUAUUUGUAUGGAAUUUCUAAUUGCUGCGGUCGUUAAAUAACAAUAAAGCGUGCGGAUAACUAUUAACGACGAGAACAGACGAAAAUGUUUGUUGUAGAGUGUAGAUAUCACUGUUUAGUGCUCGAAUAAAAUCUAUUUAAGAAAGUUACGGAUCGAACGGGUGCUCUGAGAGAAAAUCUGAAACGAAUGUAUCGUACUUAUUUGUAACUCGUGGAAUCAUCAGUUUUCCUUUGUACAACGAUCGGUAGUCUUUCAGGGCAAUCGUACUAUACAAUUUUAAUUCGUGAUGACACAUUGAAACGCGUCGGCUGAUCGAAUUUUCUUUUUGAAUAGAACGAUUACUUGCAUUUGGUAUCGGAAGUAAACCUUGUAGGCUUGAAAACAGGUAUACAAUCCAUAAACGUUUUCUCAGAAUCUGCGAACAAUGCAAUUGGAUUUGGAGAGUUCGAAUAGUAUUAUUCCUCCGUAAAUCCAUAAUAGAAAGAAAUAAUAAUCUUUAGGAGUACAGUAUUCAAUUGUUAAAUUAACUUGAUCUGUUUCUCAUCAUGAAUUUACUCAAGAAUAAUACCAUUCAUAUGUGGUAAAAAAACUAUUUGAAAUUAAAUGUAAUUAUCUUAACUUCUUGAUGGCUUAUUAUUUAGUAAUAAAUAAUAACUUUCCAUCUAACAAGCUAAUCUAAUAAAUUAUAUGCACGUUUUGAAGACUGCAAGCAUCCGGCCUUUAUCGAUAGACGUAUCACGCAAAAAUUCCGAUAUCUACGCGAUGAAUUUGCUCGUCGUCCAGUUCGAAGAAAAGCACAAGCUCGAUGUUCAACCAACGACUUUGGGUUUAAUCUCAGCCGCGAAGAUAUCGGUAGCGCGUGACUCAUUUGACGAGAAUUCAUCGACCAGCUUUGAAAUGUCGAGCAAAUUCGAUUUCGUAUUACCGCCAUAAUUGGCCGAACAGGCGAAAAGAAACGGUCGAUCGGUAUCGUCGCCGACAUUAAUACUUCGUGCAAAGGGAAUGUAUUAUAAUUCAAUUCGUAAAACGACGGAACUGUUUGUCCCUGAGCUUUCAAGUGUAAUUAUAUAUUACAUGAAAAAAAAAAAAAAAGAUAAUUGUUAUCCGACUUAUAGGCCACGCGACCGAUUGGUGGCGCCAUCUCGACGACCGCGCGACGCAGUACCGAUUCGAUUGUACUCGAAGACACCAUUAGAAGACGCGUUACUUUAACGUCGUGAAAUACGGAAGCAUUUGCACAAAUCUGCACAAAUGUAAACGAAGAAUGUGCGAGUUGUAGCUAGUCCGAGGUUCGUGUUAACUCGAUCAGUCUCGAGUUUCAAGUAACGAAUUUCGUUCGAGUAAGAACGGUUCGACCAGUGGCGCCAUCAUGGCCGCCGCUCGACGGAGCAUUCACUCGCUCGUCUUCCGUCCUGCUGGGAGGACCUCAACGCCGUGUGUGCCUGCUUCGACGGGGUUUACUGUGUGCGUGCCUCGUCGGUGGCUUCAAGAUGGCCUGCAGGCUGCUGCUGUUGCGCGCCAUGGUGUGAUCGUUUGAUUCCUCGGUGCUUGUGUGCCUCUCGCUAAACGUUUCGUGAAAGAGUUCGUCAGUGCCAGGACGACGACGUGCCUUGACCGGCUGGUAACUGGGGGCAAGUUGGAGAUGUGACGAUCGACUGGAAACCGAUUAAACGCUCCAGAUGGAAUCGCCUUCGGCCCAAGAGGAUUCCAGCUCGAUAGAAUCGCGGGGAACGGUGGUCGCGUCGCCGACGUCGUUCAAGACGGAGAUCGAACGCACGAAGGCCGGCAGUGACGCCGGGGACGCGCGCGACGCCGCUGGUCAGGCCGACGACGUCGAGGGAUUCGUCGACGUAGCGUCGCGCGAGGCUUCGUCCGAGGUCUCCGACGACGCUUCGACGGAAUGCCAGUCGCGGGAUCGGGACACGUGCCCCAGGUCGUGGAAGGAUCGGGACGAAACCGAAGACGCGAAAGUAGAACUCGAAUCGAACGAGCCGGUCGGCCGGAGCGACUGUUGCGAAGGAGCCUCGCCGGUGAAAUAUUUGAACAAAGAGGAGGGUAUCGCCGUCAGUUCGACGCCGGUGUCCAGAAAGAGGCCGGCGAGCGAUUUCCUGCCCAUCAACGCGGAGAUCAAGCGAAUCGGCGUGGAGAUCCCCGAGAACGAAGCCAACCAAUUGCGCAGCGACGUGAGGAGGAUCUCCCCGGUGCUGGUGAGCCUUCGAGAGCGUACCCUGGGAGAGAUAUCUCUCUCCUCGGACUCGUGCAUCUUCGACGACGACUCCAGCGGUCGGUGUAUAUCUAGAAACAGCCGAAUCUUCGACGGCACCCCGAGCCCCUGCAGGAUAACAACGAACGGUAGCCUCGAUGGUUGCGUGCGAAUCAGCCACGAUCCCGUGGCACCAGACUCCGAGGCGGCGCACUGUGAACGCGCUACCAGCGCAGGGGACGCGGUGGGUUGUCGCAGGAACUUCGAGUACUCCGAUGCGUACAUCGACGAGGACUCGUGUUGUUCGCUGCUCCGCGACAGCCCCGACAGGGAGCACCCUCCGUGCCAGGAGAAACAGUGCGAGGAGCCGGUGGAAGCGUGCGCGUGCGACGACAGUGAGUCCGCGGACGACGCCUGCAUGACGGGGAAGAACUCCAAGCAGUCGCCCGAGCGAGCGGAAUCGCCGAGCGGAUUGACGCCGGACAGAAAGGACAAGAAGAGUUCCAGCGCUAAGAAGAAACAAAAGAAGAACGUCGCGGACGAUGCUCGCGGCGCGGACACGACGUCCGACUCCGAGGAACCGACGGAGUCGUGUUUUGUUCAAAGGUGCGCUCAGGAGGGUACGAAUGUCCAGGAGACCGAGCUCGAGGACCAUUCGAAGAAACAGGUGGGCUCUCCCGUAGCAACUAGGUUGACAACGCUGUCCGUCGAAGAGCAUACUGUAAAAGAUUGCAAAGUGAUGCUGGAGAGGGUGGCCUCGCCGUGUCCAGCGAAUACCACGCCGAUGAAGGUUCUCGAAGACGAAGGAACAUGUGCUACACCCGUUGCGAAGCUCCUGGGGGUGGACGAGGAAGUCGUUCGCGCUUUUUCGUCGACCUCCACGGGGAAUCUACCACUGGAUAACUUAGACUAUCAAUCUAGGCUCGAAGACUCGACGCUAUCCGAGCUCGAACCUCCACCGAAGGAGUCGUGUUCGAUUCAAAGGUGCGCUACCAACGUCCAAAAGACUGAGCUAGAAGACCACUCGAGUAAACAAGAGGAACCUCCUGUUACACCCACACCGAAAACGCCUUCUCUAGAGGAACAGUCGCUGUCGUCGAAUGCUACGAAACUGUGCACGGUGAUGCUAACGAGGAUCAGUCCGGCACCUGUAAGAACUGUACCGGAUAUGUGUGUCAAAGAUGAACAUCCACUUCCUGCAUCCACAACUGUUGCAAAGAACCUAGAGAACGACGAGGAAGACUUUUCUGCCACCUCGUCGUUACCCCCCACGAACACCCCACAGUCGGACAGCGUCGACCCACUAGAUACAUCUGGUACACCCGAGAAGACAGAACCAUCCACUGAUCACGAUCCAACAGAGUCCUUAUUGGUCCAAAGGUGCGCUAACGAGAAUGUCCAGAAGACUGAUCCGCAGGACCACUCGGAGAAACAGGUGGACAGACCGAACACUCCCGUCGACGUACACUCACCGUCGUCGUACGCUGUAAAAAAGUGCACGGUGAUGUUGGCGAAGGUAACGUCGCCGUCUCCGGUGAAAACUGUUUCAGAGAAUGUUGUCAGCGACGAUGUAGUAUCCAGAGCCGUUAUAAAGAAUCUUGAAGAGGACGGGAAAGUCUUCUUGUCCUCAGCCUCGCUUUCCACGGAGAGUCUACCAUCGAAUAGCCUAGAUUCAUCGAAGGUGCCGCUCUCUACACCCGAAGACACGGAACCAUCCGACCAGAAAGAUCCACCGAAGGAGACGUGCUUCGUUAAAAGGUGCACCCACGAUGUCGAAAAGACUGAAUCAGAAGACCAUUUGAAGAAACAAUCGGUGUCUCCCAUGGUAACCAGGUCGAAGGUGCUGCCCGAUGAAGCGCAGCAGUCGUCGUCGGGUCCUGUAAAGGAAUGCAAAGUUAUUCUGGCAAGGGUGUCGCCGAAACCGGUAAAAACGGUGGUGGAGAAGCUGGUAAAGGACGAGACUGCGUCCAGAGCUGUUAUAAAGAGUUUGGGAGAGAACGAGGAAGUCGUGUUCACCUCGUCGUCGCCUUCAACCGAGAAUGCACCGCCGUUGAACAAUCCAGUCUCGUCCGAGGCGAUACCAGGUUCGCCGGAGUUGCUGGAACCUUCCGCGGAGGUUCCAGAAGCCGUGGACACCGAAACGGAAACGGAAACUGGCUCCGACAGCUCCGAGGUGUCCGUGACGAACGCACGGCUCCGUGGCUGCGACGACGACGCCGUUUCCGACCAAAUCUCCUGCCCGGAGAGCGAGUCCAUGUGCUGCAUCGACAUCCAUCCGGAGAUCAUAACCAGGCUGGAAGCGGAGAGACCCGAAGCCUUCACGGAAGAUUCUGCCGAGAGUCUCGCGCUUGCCACCGGUGCUAGGGACGAGGUCAGGUCGGAUGGAAGCGACUCUGGGAUGGGGAGCGAGAUCCCUGGCGAUCCUGGACCUGCGCCAGCUCCUGAGAGCGACUCCGAGACGUCUUUCUUGGAUAGGAUACCGGAUGACAUUCUGUCCGACAAAGAGAAAGUCGUGAAUCAACUGGACUCCUUCGCACCCACCGUUGCUGCUCCAGAUACGCCGCAGACACCGCUGGCGACCUUCCCCAGUCCAUCGAAGAGCAAUUUAAAAAGGAGAUUGACGGAUUGCAUGGAGGGUGCUCCCACUCCGAAAAGAAGCAACACUGAGGAAUCCGUGAAAAAGAAACGGAAUAUUCAGUUCGACGCCGUCACCGUGUACUAUUUUCCCAGGGCGCAGGGCUUCACUUGUGUGCCUUCUCAGGGCGGCAGCACUCUGGGUAUGAGUGCGACGCACACCCACGCCGAGAGGUUCUCACUGUCGGAGCACGCUACCGAGCAGAGGCGAAUCCAUCGCGCUAGGUUGGCGCAGCUGCGUUCCGAGCGCGCUGCGAAUUGCGUGGUCGAGGCUGCGUCUAGUUCGGAGGACCCCAGCGACGACACGGACGAGGAGCAAAGCGAUACGGAGGAGCUGGACAUCGAUAGUUAUUACUUCCUGCAGCCUGUGCCUACGUGGCAGAGACGAGCCUUACUUAGAGCAGCGGGAGUACGUAGAAUAGACGCCGUCGAGAAGGACGAGUGCCGCGACAUUAGAGCCAGCAGAGAGCAUUGCGGUUGUGGGUGUAAAGGGUACUGCGAUCCUGAGAGCUGUCCUUGCAGUCGAGCCAACGUUAAGUGUCAGGUCGACCGAGCGGGCUUCCCAUGCGGAUGUACGCGCGACGGUUGCGCCAACAGUUCCGGCAGGAUCGAAUUCAAUCCGGUCCGGGUACGGACGCAUUUUAUUCACACGCUGAUGCGGCUAGAGCUUGAGAAAAAGCAACGGGAUGAGGAAGGUACGGAUCAUGACGUUUCCGACAAUCAGAACGGCAGAAGUCCCUUAAGGGAAAUCAAUUUAGGAUCCGUAAUGGAGAACAGAAACGCGGAGUGCCUGAGCGGGGGCGGUUUCACGACGUUGCAUUACGAGAAUCACGACGCUGCCGACGGCGGGACGAAUUGUCAGCCAGAGAUACCUGGCACAAGAGAAGAUAGCUUGGAUCUGUACGCUAUCAGGGACGAUUGCUAUCCGAGCGAGGAUACUGUUGACGGUACGCAAGGACCUCAAAGGAAACUUCAUCCUGAGUUUAGUCAAGCUUUUCAAACGUUCUCGAGCCAAACGAAUGCCGGAGUGAACUUCCAACAGCCUCCUUAUCAGGACUACCAACCUUACGCUAACCUUCCUUCCACAUCUAGGGUGCAAUUCCAGCCACAGUUUCAAGCGGUGCCAGGAAAUCCCGGGUUCUCGCAUUACGCGCCUUACGGUCAAGACAGCGGAUCGAUUCAGGGAAACUGCCAGGUUCACCCCGGGCAGCAUUCAUCCGGUUACGAAGCUAGCUUCGCCCAGGACGAAACGACCGGAUCGCAGUACACAAAUUUGAACUCUGUGCAACCUAUGAACGCUGUCCAGCAGAUGGGCAAACUGGAACCGUUCUCGGAACUUCUGUCCGGUAGAUACUCGUACUACGGCGAAAUGGAACCACAGGCGCACGGUACUUACCACGGAAACGGUGCGAAGGUCGAGGUGGAAAAGAGCCAAGGUAACGAACAACAAUCCGAAAGUACGGAAGAGUGCGACGAGAACUUUGGGGAGAUCAUUAAGAAGUCGAUGGUCGAGACUGUAUCCGCCUAGGUCGAACUGUAGAUACGAAGAAUCGUCUGCGCGCGCGUCGAAAUGUUUUUUGACGCGUGGCGAUUCGAUAACGAAAAAAUAGAGUAAUUUCGACGAGUCUUUGGUGCCGUAUCGAAAACCUCGCGAACGAGACGAACGAUGUUUGGGAGGGUGGGAGGGAUGGCGGGGGGACGAGGAGGUGCCGAAACUCCGAUCAGUUGUCCUUCCGUGAGUUAGAUAAAUCCGAGUAUAUUGUUUACGUAAUUCUCGAGAGGAGUUAAAAGUUCUCGUCGGGUAUCACUCGCGGUUAACUAUGACGAGUCCCGUGGAUGUCGUUAGAAAAAUUACGCGGCUACGUGUGCGUCCGCCCGGGAUGGAAACGCGAGACGUCGUCCUUGUCCGUUCAUAGAAAAAUAUUGUUGAUUACUCAAUCGUACGGACCGACGAGGCGACGUUCUCGGUGUACUGUGACGAGAAUCCGGGGCCGCCAAUUCGGCGAUGGAUUUUCCGGGAGGGGGGAAGGUCUUCGUCGAAAAUCUUCAUGAACGAUCUCCUUGAAACGGCAAGGAUUCAUUAACGGAGUUACAGAAGAAAUUCAACGAGGUUGUGACCAAGAAACAACAUGGGAUCAGCUUAGAUUGCAGUUUAUAAUACCUUAACUUUAAUACUUUAAUCGUAGGAUCGCGGGUUGCGCGUCUUUUUAAAAAGAAAUAAUAAUAAUGAUAAUAAAAAAGAAAAAAAGAAAGAAAGAAGAAGAAAUAAAUAAAACAAUUUUCGUAUUCGUGCGACAGCUGCAACAAGCGCAAUCGUUGUGCGUUUGGAGGGAUGGCAUACGAUCAUAUAUACACGGAAACACACAUAUUUGUACACAACCACGAAAUGUGAGCGAUUGUGAUAACUUUGUGCAUGUGAAAAUGCAGUUUGCCAGGCUAAUUAGGUUAAGGAUUAAAUUAUGGGACUUUUUUAUGCCAGUUAGUAGGAGAUCGAGUUCGAAUGGUUUUUCAAUCAACGGCUGACGGUAAACGACGAUAGAGAAUAGAUUUUCAUCGUCUUGUAACUAAUGGACACAGUGAAUGCACAACGCAUGGCGAAUACAUACACGUUUAUAGUGCGAGAGAAUUAUGGUUGUCUGGCAUAAGCAAGCGCACGCUGUCUACAGAACACGUAAUGUUAAGCCCUCGUAUAUUUUUUGUUUUUGUUUGUUUUCAUUCGUUUACACAGCACCUUGAAAUUGCCGAGAACCGUUUGGUAUCACGCACACGUAUAAAGAUAAGGACUCGAAGAGUCUUCGAUGGGAAUAAUAAGGUUGUGUGUGUGUGUGUGUGUGUGUGCGUGCGCGCGUGUGUGUGCGUGUGUGUGCGCGUGCGUCUUCUUUUUUAUAUCAGAGAGUCCACACGCUCGAACGGUCAACGGCUCAAUUUUAUUCCUCAAUCGCAAUUUCAAGGUAAACUUC